CUUUGAACUGUUGAUGUUAUUUAUUUGUCCUGUCCUUGACAUGUUGCCUCAUGAUGCUCCCUGUGGGUGGAAAACGUCAAUGCUUAUUUGUCAGGUGGAGCGACUUGUACGGGAAGAUACACGGAUUGACGAGUAUCCCAAGAUGGUGAGGGGAGAGUCAAGAACUGUGUGGGAGUGGCAAGCUGAGGGUGCAGUAUUCUCCCCUACUUUGAGAAACCGUAAGAAAGCUCUGUCUAAACAAUUGACGAAGAGAAGCAGCAAGGGGGAUGAGAGGGAGAAGGAGAAGGAAAAAGAGAGGGAAAGAGAAAGGGGAGCAGAGGAAGAUGAGGAAAGUGAACUGGAUAAUCCGCGCAUUAGGACGUCCCCAGAUGUGCUACAUUGCAAGCGUAAGGAUGGUGAUGAGGACAUGGUUUGUGAAAGAAAUGAGGAAGCAACGGAGCAGCAAGUGGAGGAGGCCGCAGAGGAGGCGAUAAUAGAGAAAGAGGUUGUAGAGGAAAGGGGGAAGUCUAUGGGUCCCACAGAGGUGCCUUCACCCACACUACAAAGGGGAAGUGAUGACAUUAUACCUGUUCCAGCGGUCUUGGGGUCUGAGAGCAUGCAGCAGCAGGCACUGGAAUUGGAUAUGCUCCCGAAUCGUGCAGGACCUUCUACAGCUCGACUCCGCAACUUGAAGGGUGGUGGUCUUCCGUCAUCGCACAUGCAAGGCUGUGAGGUAUGCAGUGUUGUAGAUGUGUUUGUAGAGGUCGAUGGUGGAGGGGGUGAGAAUAUUGGUGACAAAUGUUGAUGAACUCAGUCACACUGCAAGGUGGCUGACUAAGCUCUUGUUAUGUUUGGCCCUCCUACUCUUUUCUGGAUGCGUAAUAGGUCCAUGCAAACUGAGAGGAUACGGAUAGGGCUUGGAUGGCCUGUCAGAAGGGUGAUGCACAGAACAAUGGGGGAAGGAACGGAAACAGAAUAAAGAAGCUACAGGAAG